GCUGCUGUUGCCGCUGCUGCUGCUGCCUCCACCGCCACCGCCACCGCCGCCGUCGCCGCCGCUGUUGCUCCUGCUCGGCGCUGCGAGCGGAGGGACGACACCAUCACCACCACGCGCACCAAUCGUGCCAACACGCAUCACGGAGACGAGUAUACGCGCGCGCGAACAACGAGCGUACACACGAGGCUCGCGCAAACGCUCAAGUGUCACUGAGAGCCGUGCGAGUACGUACGCACACACGCACUACAGGCGAGCACGGGUGGUUUUGGAGCACGCUCCGACGUGCGCUGAGGGUGUGAGGCAACGAGCGUUGCCGAAGAACGCAACUGUUCCGGAUUGCUCCGGAUUGGGAACUAUCCCUCCUUUCCACUCUCCGUCGCCUAACCCUCCCGAUGGGUCGUGUGUCGCCCUGACGGUCGAAGGGUGGAUCGUCGCCGGGCUAAAUCGGUCGGUAUCGGUGUGGGUGUCGGUGUCUUAGCGCGAGACCUUCCGCCACGGGGGAUCGCGACGUGCACGUGGAAAAGUGAAGUGCCGCCGAGUGCAUGACCGAGUGUGACGGUUAUUACUGUUUCCUUUGUCAUAUCGUUCGCGACCGCUGUGUGCUCACCGGGAAUCCUCGCGGAGUGACAUAGUCCUUGCUAUGCGAGCGAUGGUGAAGUCGAUUAGAGUUAUGGAACCUUCACCUAGGUAGGACACCUUCAAAAAAAUCGAGGACAGAACUUGGUGGACCUUUGGUGACUUAUAGAACCUCAUAAGUUUGGAGAACCCGAGCGAACACUCUUCAAACUCGUUCAAAAUAACUUUUUGGCAGAUCGUACUGUAUGUUGAAGGAUAAAACUAAGAUUCUGCUAUUCGCGACAAACGUCUCUGCGUGAUAUUGCGUUCGAACAAUAAUUGGAGCACGUCGGUUUAUCCGUGAUUCUCAACAAGCAUGAUCGGCGUCGGAUAUCUUCCGCACAAUUCAUUUCGCGAUUAUGCGUUCCCAUCCAUCGAGAAGUUUAGGACAGUGAAGAAGUGAAGAGUGACGAUACACUUGUGACUUCUAAUAACAACCAUCGGUGUCUCGAUAUCAAAGUGACCAAGACAUAAAUCAUCAAGGACGUUGAUCGUCGCAGUCUCCAAAUCAUCCAUACUGAUCUUCGAGGAAUCAACCGGACGUUCCGGACGGACGUGUUGAGUGGGAAACUAUAGUCAGGCCCGAUUUGCCGUCGCCGAUCGCGGCUCACGGGCAGGAAACCGGCAGGGUGGUUCGAGGCGGGACGGUAGGCGCGGACGCCCUGGCGACUGCCGGGGUGGUUUACCCGGCCGCGACGGCGACGUUGUUCCCUGGCCGGGUGCCAGCCGGACACCACCACCCCGAGUUCACCACCACGUUGGAGCUGGGGUUCCCGGCGCGCGGCACCACCGCCUCGAUGGCGUUGGUCGCGCCGCCGCCCUCCUGGCCCUCGCGGGACCCCGGGGCCUCCCUGGGCGCAGCCGGCGGUGGUGGCGGCGGCGGCGGCGGACCCCUGCAAGUAGGCCCGCCGCCGCCGAUGCCACCCGCGCAUCUCACGCCCUCGGCCACGCCGGAAGACAUCACCUGCUUGGUGCCUGCCGGCUCGGUCCUGACCUCGAGAGACCCCCUGCCGCCUAGUACCACCCCCGGCAGUCAGGCCAACAGUUCGCAGUCCGGUAGCUCGCAGACAGACAAAUCGCCUAACAUCGAGUGUGUUGUCUGCGGGGACAAGAGCAGCGGCAAGCAUUAUGGACAGUUUACUUGCGAAGGAUGCAAAAGUUUCUUCAAGAGGAGUGUUAGGCGGAACCUGACGUACUCGUGUCGAGGGAACAGAAACUGUCCCAUCGAUCAACACCAUAGAAACCAGUGCCAAUUUUGCCGCUUGAGAAAGUGCCUGAAGAUGGGCAUGCGCCGGGAAGGUAUGCAUUCCGUGCAGAGAGGUCGAGUGCCGCCGUCGCAACCCUCGCUGCCGGGUCUGCCGGGUCAAUUCGCCCUGCCGAACGGGGACACGGUCGCGUGUGCCAGCCUAAACGGACACUCUUACCUCUCGUCGUACAUAAGCCUGCUGCUACGAGCGGAGCCCUAUCCUCAUUCCACGGCGAGAUACAACCAGUGCGUGCAGCCCAACAACAUGAUGGGCAUCGACGGUAUCUGCGAGCUCGCGGCGCGGCUGCUCUUCUCGGCGGUCGAGUGGGCCCGCAGCAUCCCGUUCUUCCCGGAACUCCAGAUGACGGACCAGGUGGCCCUGCUCAGGCUAGUGUGGAGCGAGUUGUUCGUCCUGAACGCAAGCCAGUCCUCGAUGCCGCUCCACGUGGCACCCCUUCUGGCGGCGGCGGGCCUCCACGCAUCCCCCAUGGCGGCGGACCGCGUGGUCGCCUUCAUGGACCACAUCAGGAUCUUUCAGGAGCAAGUGGAGAAGCUCAAGGCGCUUCACGUCGACUCUGCGGAAUAUAGCUGCCUCAAGGCCAUCGUCCUCUUCACCACGGACGCUUGCGGUCUGUCGGACGUGGCGCACAUCGAGUCGCUCCAGGAAAAGUCGCAAUGUGCCCUGGAGGAGUACUGUCGGACCCAAUAUCCGAAUCAGCCGACGAGGUUCGGCAAGCUGCUCCUGCGAUUGCCGUCGUUGCGGACGGUCUCCUCGCAGGUGAUCGAACAGCUCUUCUUCGUACGGCUGGUGGGCAAGACGCCAAUUGAGACGCUUAUCAGGGACAUGCUGCUGAGCGGAAACAGCUUCAGCUGGCCCUACCAUGCGAUAAAUACCCCGAUAAAUAUGUGACACUCUGUCUGGCGGCAGCUAGCUUCCGCAUAAUACUUCAGCACGAGCGGCGGCGUCGCGGCGCCCACCGACGACUCGCGGGUCCGAUUCGCAUAGAUGUGGAGAAUCGAGGAUCGGUGCCGCGCAUCCCGACGCUCGACACGUCGCAGAGGACGAGCGCAACUCGAAGCACGAGGUGCAUUCUCGACGACGACAUUGUUGUCAUCCUGGCUUUACGCAUUUGCUCCAAUUGCGUAACAACUAACGACUCGUCGUUCUUCAUCAUUCGUUGAUCUUCGUUAUACUCACGAGGAAUCAGUCAACAUUCGUACGCCGAAGGACAGGAUUGGACAUCGAGAAGAAGAGGAUUUGUCAACGGACACGAGAAAGCUAAUGAGUAAAAAGGUUAAAAGUGGGAAAUCAAGAGAGAAACUCGGGGGAUCAUUAACAAAGUUCGAUCGAGGGUGGUAAAAUAUAUACAUGAUGUGAAGCGAAAGAUGAACGAGCGAUGAAAAAAUGUCGUUUUGCUCAUCAUAGAAGUGGAGUCUCAUCAGGCCAACAGGGAGAGGUGACGAAGAGAGUAAGGAGAAAAAAUGUAAUAAAGGUGUUGCUCGUUCAGAGAAUCGUGGAGGCGCCGAGUGGCCCGACAGCGUUCAGAAACAUCCACUGGGCGUGAAAACUCGGUACUUGCUAAAGUGGUCAAGCAAAAGAAAAAGAGAGAGAGAGAGAGGGGUUAUGUGUGGUAAGCUUGUCAGGUUGUUUCUUGUGUAUGCGUAUGCAUGUAUGAAUGAAAGAGUGAAAGAGAGCUGAUCAAAAGAAAGGGUGAAAGAAAUAGGGGGAAAUAGAUAGGUAGAUAAGCGUUUUGUUGCAUCGCGGGACAAAGAAUGAAUGAAAGAGAGAAAGAGAGAGAGGGUGAAAAAGAUGAAAGGGGGGAGAGAAGUGAAGAGCGAGCGUAGCGUGAAAAAGUCAUAAAUUAGCAUUUAUAAUCAACGAUGGGGGAGAGGGCUAGUAGAUCUCCCAUCGCUAUCUCGAAUCAAUCUUCGCGUUGAGUACUCACUAUUAGUCGAGUCAUGCCAUGGGCCUUAGUCAUUCGUCUUGACGCCGGCUCUACGAGGCCCGCGUUCUCCAAGUCCGUAGCCCGUGGAACAUUCUUUCGGAAACAUCCCUUUCGGUCGAACGUGCUCAUUCCUGCGCGCAGGUCGCGGAUCUACGUCACUUCGUCCAACUCUUUCGUAACUUUCGAGAAUCAUUGCUGGCAAGUUGUGAUUUCAUCUUGAUGACAAAUGUAAAUGUAAAUUCUAAUUCUUUAUUUAUUACUUGAUGAGUCUCCCUAAAACUCCAAAUGAGAUUUUAACAUUCGUUACGCAAUAAAUUUUUAUUUAAAUUUGUGCGAAUUUUUCUUGCGGAUAAAUGGAAGAAACGCGAAUUAUUGAUAAUGAAUUGGCGUCUUUUACUUUUUAAGUACUAUCUCAUCGCAAUCUAUUAAUCUCUUUUUACGUUUGUGCGACAAUACUUAUAGCAGCGUGAAUAAUAGCGUUUAACACGAAUCACCGAGCGACCACCUUUACCCCCUCAUCGAUAUAAAGCGGCGAUAAUUUCACCUGAUGAAAUGAGGAUCAUCUUCAAGGCUUUGAGGAAGAAAAGCGACGAGGAAGCUCUACUCGCGACAUUCAACUUGGAUGACAAUACCGCGCGCGCGAUAUCGCACAGCCAAUAUUAUAUAUCUUGUAAAUAUGAUAUUUUUACUUUGGUUUACUUAAGUGCGUACGCGUCGUGAUAAUCCGUGAGUGCGAUACGACGUCUCUCUUGUAUGCCAGUGCCAUUGUGCGUUACAUCAUCGCGUCACAAUUAAUUCCGCAGAAGCGAUCGACUCAGAAUUCAGGAUUCGAGAUUCAGAUUUAGAAAUGAUUCAGAAUUCGAAAUUCUUGUCUAUACUCGUGGCGAAAAUUCCUGCGACCUGCAGACGAAAUAAUGCUGUGUAAAGGUAAGUCGAGAUCAUGCUGCGUUAAGAUGUUAAUCCGGGCGAACUUUCGAUCGCGGGCAAAUUAUGCUACCAGUUUUGUUUUUAAUUCUUGCAAAAUCAUCAAACGACUGUUAACUUGCGAUUGUUAGCGGCUGAAAGCUUCAACUACAGAUGACUUGCUUGAAUUUUAGGAAAGAACAGCAAUUUGAUUCGUUACGUUCCGGUGCGUAUAAUUUAUUAACAAACGUUUGAAAAUAUACAAUGGAAACACAAUAGAAUUGUAGUGGUCGUGAAUAGCGAAUCGAGCAAUUCGAAAAUGCUACUCAAAAGAAUUUUAAGUGAAACAAUUUUGGAGAUGCGUAUUAUUGAGAUUAGUAGAUAUAAUUCUUUAUUUUUUAUCAGUCAUAGAUAUUUAUUCUAUUAAAUUAAAUUGUAUAUGUUAUUAGCUGUUCUCACAAUUAAUACAAUUUUUAAAAACGUAGAUUUGUCUCUUGAGGCUUUUGCGAAUUUUGAUAAACUCAAUAUUGUUUAAAAAAUUCACAGUCCGCAGUAAAGUUAAUAAAACAUGGACAAUAUAUUAAUUAAUUUCUGUUUUAAACUUUAUCUAAAAAUAUUUUAUAGAAUUUCUCAUUCCGGUUUAGCAAGGCUAACAGUAAGUAGAAAACAAGAAAGCAAUUCCGUAUAUUGACUUAAUCUGGAAAGAAUUUAGGUUUAGGAAGUAAUGGGUUAAAGUCAUGCAACAAUACAAGAGAUAUUGAGGUAUAUUUUUUAUUGAAACAUGAAGAUAUGCUGCUCGUCGCUGGAUCUUUUCGAUGAGCCGACGUAAGAGACAUAAAGAGUAAUAGAGUAUGCGAGUUUUUUUUGAAUAUGCAAAAAAUGAGGACGGCGCAGCGAGAUAAUGCAUGCAUGUGUGUAUGCAUGUAUUAAUAUGUGUUUUAUGUGUAUGGAAAAAUUAACAAGAGAAAGCGAGCGCGAAACAGAAAGAGAGAGAGAGUGAGAGAGAGAGAGAGAGAACGAGAGAGAGAGAGAGAACGAGAUCGAAAAAUAAUGUGAUAUAUGUAUGUCAAAAUUGAAAUCCGAUUUUUCGAAACGGUGCUUUUUGUAUCUUAUAAAUAUUGUAAUAUAUAUUGUAUACACACAAAACAGACUCAGCGCGUUGUAUAGGGUUGUCUAAUGAUAUUAAGAGGAGACUAUUUGAAUACUAUGUUAUAGUAAAUGUGGCAAUGUCGAGUUAGUUACUUAGUAAAACAAUUUUCUAGGGGUAUAUGGGAUAUUUCUAAUAUUUGUAAGCAGCGAUCGUUCCUUAAAGGAAAUUCUGCGAUUGUAGCUAUCCUCGAAUGGGAUCCAUUAACGAUACCGUAAUCAAAUUGCGACGAUAAAUGCAUUCUGUAUAUCGAAAUUAACGCGUAAUAUCUACAACUUUAAACUGUGAAAAACAGAACAAAAAACAGAACUCACGCUUGAUGAUGCUAUGCGUAUUUAAUUAUGUAUCUGUUCAUUUAUAAUUCCGAGAAAAUUUAUAUCUUGAUUAAAUGAAUUUAGGUAAUAUAUUUUGAAAAUUAUUUUACAAAUAAGCGGCGUAUUAUGGGAGAUAAGGGAAUACGUUCGUUCGGAUCGAGACAAAGAUGAUUACUAUCAUACAUCGAGUACUUAAAUGCUAAAAGUGUCGACCGAUAUCAUUUCCUGUACCCUCCAUGUUCGUCUUUCUUACAAUUAGUUGCACUUAAGAGACUCUCAGAAAGCAAUAACUGUUGCUAUAAUAUAAUACUGAAGAGUUGAUUUCAGUUAAAUAAAUUAAUCUUUCAACGCAACGAUGUUAUAAAUGAUCUUUAUUUAAUCAUUUUGUUUCUGUGUAUAUUUUAUAUAUAUAUUUUUAUAUAUCCCGUGUUUCUGUAAGAUAUAUAAUUUAUAAAAGAGCUUUGUAUUGCACAGAGAAAAACAUAAAUUGUUUGUAUGUCAUUUAAAUAUAAUUAUUUUUAAAAAUUGUUCAUUGAAGCGUUAAAUUUGUUAAUGUAAGUCACAGAUAUAAGAUGAUGCAAGGACUUUACGUCAAUGUGUUUUCAAUUCUUUGUCGCGUUUUCCUACGCUAGAUACGGGAUAUGGAUCCCUCUCGAGGCGCUUACCGAUGAAAAUGCGGUUGCUCACGAAACACUCAAAAAUUGUAUUAUACCGAUAACGAACGCGUGUAUGUAUACGUCAGAGGCGCGAGUGACGUUCUUAUACAUAGUUAUGUAUAAAGUCGUGAACAUUUUUGUAUAAAACGUGUACAUAAUUAAUAUAUAUAAAUAUAAAUAAAGAAUAUAAAUAUAUAUAUGAGAAUGCAUAUAAAUAUAUAAAUAUGAAAAUAUAUGAACAUAUAUAUAAAUGAAUUACAAAGAAAUAUAUAAAUAUAUAAAUAAAUAUAUAUAAAUGAAUAUAUAUAUAUUGUACGUAGCGUCGCGUAGGACAUCGCUACGACGAGUAAUAAAAGCAUUAUUGAUGAUGAUAUAACCAGUGUCGAGACGCAUAACAGCGGUAUGUACGAGUUGUAGAUGUAACGCGACUGGUCUUUUUGCAGAUGUUAUAAUAAGAAAAUAUCACGUUACAAAGUA